ACGUGACACUAGAAAACUCGCCUCGCCUAUUCCCCUGGUUUCAACCUCCAGAGGAGAGAAGCUCUGUUGGGAGUUCGUUUCGUUCAUUCGUUCGUCUUUGGCUCAAAUUCUCUCCGUUCAUCGGCACAUCCAAUCGUAGUGAAACCCUAGCCUAAGAAGGACCAAACCCACCGAAAGCAGAGGAAAAAAGGGAAGAAGAAGAAGAAGAUGUUGAGAGUUACAGGGAGGAGGCUUUCUUCUUCUCUCUCAUGGAGGUCCUCUCACUCAUCAUCGUCGGCUUUCUUCUCCAGGAAUCCGAUCAACGGCUCCGAUUCACCCUCCAACGGACCCACCAGAUCCGUCUCCCCGCGCAACCCAUUUGCUCCCAGCUCCGUUGUACUGGAUCAGAUCAGAGGAUAUGCUUCUGAUUCCCUAGCUACUGCACGUGACAAGGGUAUGAUCCCAGACGUCCCAGCAACUGUGGCAGCUGUCAAGAACCCCACAUCAAAAAUCGUGUAUGACAACCACAAUCAUGAGCGUUAUCCCCCAGGCGAUCCCAGCAAGCGAGCAUUUGCCUACUUUGUCCUGACCGGUGGAAGAUUUGUGUACGCUUCCUUGAUCCGUCUCCUGGUGCUGAAGUUUGUCCUGAGCAUGUCUGCAAGCAAAGAUGUACUCGCCCUUGCCUCCAUUGAGGUAGACCUCUCCAGCAUCGAACCAGGGUCCACUGUUACAGUCAAGUGGCGUGGUAAGCCGGUUUUCAUCCGGCGUAGAACUGAGGAUGACAUCAAGUUGGCCAACAGUGUUGACCUUUCCUCCCUUCGGGACCCCCAGGAUGAUUCUACUAGAGUUAAGAACCCGGAAUGGCUUGUGGUGGUUGGAGUAUGCACCCAUCUGGGGUGUAUCCCCUUGCCGAAUGCUGGUGACUUUGGAGGUUGGUUUUGCCCGUGCCAUGGUUCGCACUAUGACAUAUCUGGAAGGAUCCGCAAGGGGCCAGCGCCAUACAAUCUUGAGGUACCUACUUAUGCGUUCUUGGAGGAGAACAAGUUGAUGAUUGGAUGAGAUGAGGGAGUUUUGAUAGUUUCUCCAAACCUCGAGUUGUUUGUCAACAAAUUCAUUUUCUCUAUUUUUACCAAUGAAAGAAUGCUUUUCAUGACUUCUUUCUUUCUUUUUCAUCUUAAUAAUGCAACUGGCCUCUUCUUGAGCAGUUUCGACUGUUUUUUAAUGGUACUUGUACUUAAUUUGACUUGCCUUUUCGGCUGUUUUAAUGGUACUUGUUCUUAAUGUUAUUAAUAAA